GUCAUGCAGCUUAGCCGCCUGUACUUGACAAAAAGUGAUAAUAUGCUGACAUGAGUUGCUCAAGGUUUCAGUUUGAAACAAAAGAAGAGAUGACACUUAAUUUAGAAGGCGCUAAAGUUCUGGACUCUACUUACUCUAGCAGGUAGGGUCAUGAAUUGGACUAUUCCGGACGCCUGAGCUGUUCUACAUCAGAACCUGUCUGUAUUCCGAACACCAUGAAGACUCUAGGACUUUUGUUGCUUGUUGUUGCAGUGUCGCUUGAUAAAGGUGCAACAUGUAAUGUCUCGAGUCCACAAUGUUACAAAAAUACAACUCGGCCCGAUGAUGAUUUCUUGUGUAAAUGGGAGGACCUAGACCGUUCUCCAGAUGCUAUUUAUACUAUUUUUAUGCGGAGUUCAUCUGUUAAUGAUACCUCAUAUGCUAAACAGUUCAGUUCUGGCAAACAGUUGUUCAAAGUGCUCCCUGUAGAAGAUCUGGUCACAGAACGUCCUUUGGACAUAUGGGUGCUCAGGCAAGUAUCCAAUGUGACCUGCAGCUCACCAACCAUCUCUGUGUUCCUGAGCAAUUCAGUUAAAUAUAGUUCACCCAAUAUAACACAAAGAACAAGGUCAGCUGAAAAUAUCAAAUUAAGCUGGCCAAGAGUGAAUGACAACAAAGGUGCUAUUCAUGAGAUCCGAUGGAGGAAGAUUAAUAAUACGUGGAAGAACACAACCUUUAAGACAGAGGAUGACAAAAAUAACGGUAUUUGGGACUCCUACACGUUGCAGCUACAAAAGCUGACAGUGUACCAAGUUCAGAUACGACGGAAGGCCAUGCAGAGCCUCCUCUGGAGUGACUGGAGCCAGACCGCUGACAUUCCUACUGAAAUUCAACAACCUGCUGUGUGCUGGAAUAAGACAAAGAAGGAAAACACAGAAAAAUGGAAAAUUGAGCUCAAAUGGGAUAAACCACCCCAUGAAGCCUCUUUUGGAGGCGUCUCAUACGAAGUGACUGUCAAUUUACCAUGUAAAAAGACAACAAAUAAAUCGAUUAAGAGUAACACUUUUACAUUUGUGGCUACUGACUCUGAAGCCAGGGUGUCUAUCGUGGCUAUAAACAAAGUCGGAAAAUCGCCACCUCUGGAUAUCAUCAUUCCACCUGUUGAGCAUCUCAAAUACUGCAACAGGGAUUCGUUACCAAAACAUAAAAGGUACUGCUUGGAGUGGUAUAAACUCCUAGAUGGUGAGACCCGGCCAGGAACGGUAAACAUCACACGUUCCAAAACACUUGAGGAGAUUAAAAAUGGUAUGGAGAAGUUUGUGCGUUACUACUACUUUAUUCACGCUGGAGGAAAACAUAAACAUCACUGUCCUAUUUAUUCUACAGAAGGUGCACCUAGAUCGGAGCCAAAAAACAUCACAGUUUUAAAUAUCACACAUGAUUCAGCCGUGCUCUGGUGGAACCCGAUUCCAGUGCAGGAACAGCAAGGGUUCCUGAUGUAUUACAAUAUAUGGAUUUCAAGAGAGGGCUAUAACGAUACAGGCUACCAUCAAGUGCCAGCAAACAAAACCAGCUUCCUUCUCAGGAACCUUGCCACAGGCUCCUUUUACACAAUUAGUAUCGCUGGAGGAACUAAAAUCGGAGCAGGGCCCAAUUCCACCAGGACCUUCUACACUCUCAGCACCGCUUUACCUGACACUGGGCGGAAGACGGCCAAGAUCAUUUUAAUCGUGUGUGCAGUUGUGCUUCUGUUUUCAAUCGCACUAUCUAUUGCUAUCAGAAGGCUAAGGAGUAAGCUGUUACCAACAAUCCCAAGUCCUGUGAUCUCUGCAUCAGCCAUGCCUCAUAUGGACAACCAGAAUAUGAAGACAGUGACAGAAGAGGUGGACGACGUCAUUCUCUUGUGCCGAGAUGUUCAGGAUAAACACGGUCCUUCGUCCAAACAGAAACAGAGCACUUCACUACAAGAUUGUGAGCUCAGGCUGCAUGAGGAUAAGGAAGAAGAAGAUGAAGAAGAUGAUGAAGAAAUUCCUUUCACUUGCUUUACCUCUGUUGACAAACCAAGUUCUUAUCCAAACCCUAAUUAUAAAGGACAGUUGCUUCGGUUUCCUGAGCUCCUGGAGAUCUCAGACAAAGGCCAGGUGGAAAGCUGUGAGGUCGGCACACCCUUAUACAAAAACGGCCUGUUUUUUGAAACUAAAGGUUUGGACGGUGAAGAAAUAUCAGUGCAGUUAUAGCCCAUUGUUUACUGGAAGCAUUAUUGUAGCAGUGUGACUGCUGAAUGAAUGGCCCAGCUGUGUUCAUGUUACAGAAACGCUCAUGUCUUGAACUUGGACAACAAAACACAAAUGUGCAGUAUAUGUCUGAGAAUAUAUAAGACAUGAUGCCAUUCAAGUACUAAUAUACGAAGUAAUGAAAAUAAACAACACAAAUCAAACACACACAAAAAGGUUUUAGACAUCUCCAAAUUAUUCUUUUUUAUACUUUGUUGUCUAACAUGUGACAUUGGAAAUAACCAGGUUCUGAGAAAUGUUCUGACAACUUCUCAGCAAAAUGUUCAGUUGGUGGUGAUUACUCACUCUAACACCCGGUUGUGGUCAUAGGUAUGGGUUUACUGUUCAGGCUGUGAGUAAAAAAGCACAGCUUCAAAGACUGUGCAUGAGAUUACAUUUGAACGGGGAAAAAGACUUUUAACAUUGCACCGAAAAUAUGUAACGCUGUAAAAUGAACGUCAGCUGAAACUAAAUAUAGUUCUGAAGAUUUGGCAGCUUGGCAGCACAGAUCUCCCCACAGAUCAGAUAAGAAGCAAGAGGAAAUUAUUAAAUUGCAUCUGAUUUGACGUUGGAUGUAGUGGUUUAACCAUAGUUUCAAUGUUAUGUCUUUCAGGAGCCAAUUAAAAACUUGUAAGUCAA